AUGCUCGCUCGUGGGCACGCCAGUAUCGGCAGAGUCUGGCUGUCGGAUGGACUUGGGCACAGAAAAGGGUUAAACACGCCCCCGGCUAUCACUCUUAGUCGGUAUCACAAAUGCCUGACCUACCGCAAUAGCGUCAGCAAUUACUUGAACGCUGUCCUUAAUGCUGAGCUUCAGGCACGUUGGGCACUGCAGAGUGGUAGCGCUAUUGGCACACAGCCUUUGCACCUAACGCUGGGAGAGCCGCGUGCGCCGUCUCAGUCAUACUACUUAUCACAGGGUGAUAGUAUCGCGAUAGGAUAA